AUGGCAUUCCGACGACGAGACAACCAGGCAGGCGAUAAUGAAGGCCACCACAGUGAUGGAUCUACAGCUACAAACAACUCGACUGGAGACCUCGAGACCAGGAUGAAGGAUUUGGAGAAGGCGGGCGUGCAUCGAAGACCACAAGCACGCAGGCGAAUCUCAGAUGUGGCUCCCGAGGGUACAGACCGAGAGAUUACAUUGAAAGAGCGGUUAAGACAUUUCACAUGGGCCUGGUUUACCUUGACGAUGAGCACUGGUGGCUUUGCGACGCUGCUUUCGGUACAACCGCAUAAAUUUACUGGACUGUUGACUAUCGGCACUAUCGUCUACAUCUUCGAUCUCGUGCUGUUCGUCAUACUCUGCGCAGCCAUCACAGCACGCUUCAUCAUGUACCCUGGCUCUUUCCACAAAUCUCUCAAGCAUCCUACGGAAGCCCUCUUCUUCCCGACAUUCUGGCUCUCCCUACCGACCAUCAUCGGCGGCAUGAACAACUACGGUGUCGGAAACGUCGGCGGCUGGCUCAUCGUAACACUACGAGUGCUCUUCUGGAUCUACUUCGCCUGCACCCUCCUCGUAGCCAUCUUCCAGUACUGGUACUUAUUCGCUAGUAGAACCCUCCUAGUAAAAUCAAUGGCGCCAUCCUGGAUCCUCCCAAUUUUCCCCGUCAUGCUCACCGGCACCCUCGCCAACAUCAUCGCCAGCAACCAGCCCCCAGAACAAAGAUUACCCAUCAUUGUCGCGGGAGUAGCGAGUCAAGGUCUAGGCUGGACAGUCGCAGUAAUGAUUUACGCCGUAAUGAUUGUCCGCCUAUUCGAAUACGGGCUUCCACCUCCCAACGCACGUCCUGGCAUGUUCAUCUGCGUCGGACCUGCCGGCUUUACCAUCUUGGCUUUGAUAGGCAUGUCCAACGCUUUGCCCGAAGGCUAUGGCUAUUUCGCCAAAAACCCCACCGCGAUCCCGGCUCUACAGGCCAUGGCCCUCUUUGUGAGCAUUUUCAUCUGGAUGAUUGGAUUCUGGUGGUUCGCUCUCGCCACCAUCAGUGUGCUUUACGGUAUCAAGCAGAUGUCCUUUUCGCUGGUGAAUUGGGCGCUGGUGUUCCCUAAUGUUGGAUUCACUAUUGCGGUCAUCAAUAUCGGGCAGCAGUUGGAGAGUCAGGGUAUCCUGUGGGUGGGCAGUAUCAUGAGUAUUUUGGUGUUUGCGAUUUGGUUGUUCAAUCUUUAUGCGCAUGCUAGGGCUGUUUUGACGAAGAGGAUGAUGAUGCCUGGGCAGGAUGAAGAUAAGGGUGAGGAAGAGGAGGAGUAG